AGAAUGGAAUACUGCCACCUGCUUAUGUUGUUGGUGAGCAUUAUGACAACACAUGUUGAAAGUGUCGACGAAAUUGAUGACAUCAUCACUGAGGCAAUUCAAAAAACAUACGACGAACCUCUGCGAAAAACCUGUUCAAGACCGGAAGUUUCUGAUAUACCUGACACUGGGAACGGAUUCGCCUUUCUCCAGCAGCAAAGGAACGACGAGGACAGCAUUGCUAGGGACGGUUAUAAAUUCGUCAACCUCAUCAAGAACAUUAUCGACAGAAGUGGGCUCUCUUUCACUGAUCUGUAUGGAAACUACAAUUAUCAGAAAUCGUUCUAUACGCAGCUCUGCGAUAAAACAACCCCUGCCUGUGAUGACUACAAAAGAUCAAAGUAUAGAAGCGCCAAUGGUGUUUGUAACAAUCUCAAAAAUCCAACAUGGGGCGUGGCUCUACAUGAGCAUGCGCGGUAUCUACCGGCUGUCUAUGAUGACGGAUACAACAUACCUCGCCAGACAAGUAAAAGUGGCGGACAGCUCCCGAGUCCACGAGUGAUCAGUAACAAUGUGUUGUCGGGGGACGCGGAAACCCCGGCCGACGACAAGGGGAACCUGAUGCUGUUUACCUUUGGUCAGUUCAUUGACCAUGACCUGACUUUCACUCCUAUAGCUAUCGGAACGGACGGCGAACAUUUAGAUUGCUGCGGGGACGAUAUUGCAGACCCAGAAUGUUUUGGGAUAGAGAUUCCCGCCGACGACCCACGCUAUAGCCACACCUGCAUGGACUUUCCCCGGUCUAUCCCGGCUCCUUUCAACAGUUUCUGCUCUAUAGGUUACAGAGAACAAGUGAACCGUCUUUCUUCUUACAUAGACGGAGGGAUGAUUUACGGCGACACUAAAUCAUUUAAUGAAAACUUGAGUGGGAAAUUGGGAUCUCUCAGGACCUCGGAAGGCGAUUUACUUCCUGAUGGAGGCAUUUGUAAUAUCCAUCAAGCAGGCGAUUUCUGCCAACUGGGAGGCGAUGAAAGAGUGAAUGAAGCACCGUCUUUGAGCGGACUCCAUGUUGUAUUCCUCCGCCUACACAAUAUCAUAGCGGAAGGAAUAAGAAAAGUAAGAAACUGCAGAAGUCACGAGAUCUUCUUGGAGACGAAAAAAAUUAUGGGCGCCAUUAUUCAGCAAAUUACCUAUGGAGAAUACCUUCCGGUCCUUUUGGGAAAACAAAUAAGGGACGACCUCGACUUGGAUUUACAAUCACGUGGUUUUUGGAGAAAAUAUGACCCGGAUGUGAACCCUACCGUGAAAAAUGUCGUUGCCACAGCAGCACUCCGGUAUGGACAUUCACAGAUACCCCCUGAGUUUGGCUACAAGACUAUGCAGUUUGCAACAACCCAAACUUUUAAAACGGAAGACGUUUUAAUGGACCCCCACAUUGUUGUCACGCAAGGCGGAAGCAACAUUCCGGAUUUGGCGCGCUUUUUAUUAGAUACUCCUGCUAGGAAAAUGGACAGACAAGUUGAGGAUGCAGUUAGAAAUGAACUUUUCCGUGACGUGAAUGGAUUAACCUUUGACCUCAUGUCCUUUAACAUCCAGAGAGGAAGGGACCAUGCCCUGCCUUCCUACAAUGCAUGGCGAGAAUGGUGUAGACUUCCGGUAGCCCAGAAUUUUGCGAAUUUAGUGGACCAUAGCGCUGACGUCAGGACUAGACUACAAAAUACUUAUGAUGAUGUUAAUGACGUAGAUGUGUUUGUGGGCGGAGUCACGGAGACACCACGUGAUGACGCACUUGUCGGGCCUCUCUUCGAAUGCCUGUUAGGGAGACAGUUCCAUGACAUUAAGUUCGGAGACCGAUACUGGUACGAGACGAAUGGCGUAGAGGGAUUCCCACGACGACAGUUACAAGAGAUACGAAAAGUGACUUUAUCCAAGAUUCUGUGUGAAACCCUUGGUUUGGAGGAAAUUCAGAAGGAUGCUCUCUCUUUAACAAGUGCAGACAAUCCUUUAGUGACUUGUUCCUCCCUGCCAUUCAUCGACUUCUCUCGCUGGAGACACAGAACUUCCAACGUGGGUGGGUGGAUAUGGAAUAGAGGAGCCAAAGGGAAGGACAAAGACAAAGGCAAGGGCAAGAAACCGUGAUUUAGAAACCCUGAAACUCGUUCAAAUUGACACUUGUGUUAUAUAAAUGAAUACAUGUAUUGUAUAACAGGAUACUUUAUGAGAGAAAGAAUACUUUCCAUGGGUGUUGAAUUUUGUAUCAUGUUUUACUUUCAUUUGUAAUUAUCAUUCUUCAUGCUCGUACGGUUAAUUCCAUGAUGGAUCACUUUUAAUGUAUCUGCUUGAAAAUUCUAUAAACAGGAUAAAUGUUAUUGUUCAUCUUCGUCUAAUUUUUAUUUUUUUUACUCUUGUUACUUGAACAUAUAUUUGUAAAUCAAACCAACUGAUUUUUCAAUAAAAUAUUGAUUUUCAAAUGGA